AUGGUGGCAAUGGUCGUGUCCAUGAUGGUAGUCUGGGCUGCAAACACGGACAAGUUCCAGAAACUUCUCGGAUUUGAUUUCGUCCUUCCUCCGCCCACUUCCCUCCCCCUUGACUCCGCCCCUCUCCCUCCCUCACCUCCACAGGCGGGGCCGGCGCCACCCGACAACCAAUUCCCCUAUAGUUACCAAACUGUAAGACCACCGAUUGACGACCCGACUUCAAAGGCGUUCUCUAAAUGGGAUAAGUCAGUAGACGACGACACAGAACUGAUGAAAACGGGUGUGGUCAUUCGAGAGGCGGGGCAGGACGGAUGGGGUGUGGUCUGUGAGGGUGGGGAGGUGUGUUGGCGAGCCAUGGUAACCACCCACUGGCCCAAACUCCUGCAACACUAUGGCUUCCCUAGCAAGAACAGGUUUUUGAGUGUUUUGCCGCCAAUUAUGCUGACCUUUGAUCUCGGAACAAGCUCUGCUCACCCCCACCCAAACUCCGCCAAGGAGGACCACACCCAGGCGUACCAGACAACGCUGUACCUCCUGUCCCACCCUUACUUCACCAAGGGCUCUGUGGCGUUCACUCUAGUGGGCGUGGUCCUGGUGUACACCGUCUGGCUGAUUAGGUCGACAUUGAGGAGAAUGGAGGCAACGAGUGGAGAGGGAGGAGGGGGAGAGGGGAAAUGGAGCAGCACUCUGUUGAAGGGGCACACUCAGGACGUAGAGUGUCUGUGUGUCGGUGAAGAUUGGUUGGUCAGUGCCAGUCUGGACGGAGACAUCAGAGUGUGGAACACAGACUCCAUGACACGGGGAUGUGCCCUCACCAUAUCCAGGGGAGAGCUGUGUGGAGAUCUCUCAACCUAUGCCGACAAGUGGAGACCGGAUGCUGAAGGCUGCGAGGCAGCUGCCGACAAUAAGAGCGUUGCCAGUUUACAACUGGGUCCCUCUGGGGGGGCUGCCCCCGUAAAUUUUCAAAUAGGGGGGAAUGCCAGAGUUCAUGCUGUGGGGGGACCUGAUCAAAGCUCAGUGACUGGGACGAUGACAUCAUCUGUGACCAAUCAAAUUGCGGCUUCUGUGCCGCCCCAUGUGAUGCUGGCAAGGAGUGUGUCUGCACAGAACAUGACAAUACAGCAGGUUCCUCGCACUUUGCCCCUCCCUUCCCCGCAGCCACACCAUCAGCCACACCCCUUGGCCCUCUAUAAUGGAACUUCCACCGGUCUGCCCACCUCUCCUCCUUCCUCACCCCUUGCUUGUUCUUCCCCACCCCCAUCUCCCGGUGUCCCACUCAGCUCAAGCAGGCGCCACUCCACUCAAUCUCUACAGGAAUACCUACUCAGACCUCAGCUUGAAAGACCAGCUGCUUCAUCAAGUGCUAUACCCCCUACUACUCCUUCCUCUCUCUCUUCCGCGUCAAACCCUCCCCCUAUUUCUACAGCCACACACCCUGCCGCCCCUUCUGAAGCUCUGCACGCCUUACCCCACACUCCAGCUACAACUAAUUCCGCCCUCUCUCCUCUUCCUCGUUGCGGGCUACCAACCUCUCCCCCACCCGUUGCUCCCGCGGCAACUAAACCCAGUGGAGCACGUCCUAGCGAUUGCAGUGGAUCUGUUUCUUCAAGAUUCGGUGGUGGAACGGCUACCCACAGUUCGGUUGGUUCACGUCCCCCUAGGCAUUCUGUCUCGGAGCUAGCCCACCCCCCGUCGACCCAAGGCGGCCAUUUUCCUCGGAGACACGCCAGGAGCAAGUCUUCUGGACCAAUCACGGUCCUCCCUCCCUCGUCUCCUCUCGCUCACCCCCAGUCUUCUGCGAGCGAUGUUCCCCAGCAAAGAACACACUCUAGGAACCUGUCCACCAGCAACAUCUCGCAGGGAGGGAGAGGGAGAGAGUUUGCAGACGCUCCAAAACUACUGAGAUCGUCCGUUUCGCUGAGUCCAAAGUUCCCCCCGAGCGCGGCUACUCCUCCUUCCCCUCCAGAUCCAGAGAGAGGCUACGAUUUCGCCAAACACUUCAAUCUCUUCUCUCCGUUCACUUCCAACAUGGCACUGGAGUACUGUCACCGGGAGUCAGGACCAGGGGUCACAGGUCACCGAGACUCCGCCCCCUGCCGUAUGGAGUAUGGACGUCUGGAAAAAUUACAUUGCGGUGGGGUGCGGGAACGGGCAGAUUGA